UUUUCAACCACAAAAAGUUCUUCAAGUCUGCUAUACUUUGAAUUACAAAUUUGGAUCUGAGUGAAUCACAGUGAGAAGAUCGGAGGAUCCAACAAGUUUUAAUGGAUCAUCAAGUAGCACCACCACUCCCUCCUCACGUGCUCGUCUUCCCGUUGCCGAUUCAAGGCCACGUGAACUCCAUGCUCAAGCUGGCCGAGCUUCUGUGUCUUGGCAAGCUACAUGUGACCAUGCUAGUCUCCGAGUAUAGCCACAGCCGCUUCCUCCGGCACACCCAUGUCCAUUCCCACUUCGCUCGCUAUCCCGGAUUUUCUUUCAGGACAAUUCCGGAUGGCCUGCCCGACGAUCAUCCGCGUGCCGGUGAGAGAUUUAUGGAGAUUUUUCCUUCUCUUAAGUCCGUAACGGGGCCACUAUUCAGAGAGAUGAUGAUUGGCACCAAUUUCUUGGGUACUGGAACAAGGCGGCCUGUGACAUGCAUCAUAGCAGACGGGAUCCUGGGUUUUGCUGGUGAUUUGGCUAUCGAGAGAGAAAUUCCACUUAUUUAUUUUCGCACUAUCAGUGCUUGCUCAUUUUGGGCUUAUUUUUGUUUGCCUCAACUCAUUGAAGCUGAUGAAAUUCCCUUGAAAGGUAUAAAUGGCAUGGACCUACCGGUAAAGAGCGUACCAGGCAUGGAGGGUUUUCUCCGGCGACGUGACCUUCCGAGUUUUUGUCGUGUUGACGAAGUUAAUGAUUUGCAAUUAGAACUCUUCAACGCUGAGACAAGACAAAGUCGACGAGCCCAAGCACUAAUAAAGAACACAUUUGAUGACCUAGAAGGACCCAUACUCUCUCAAAUUCGUACUCAUUGUCCCAACCUCUUCCCCAUCGGACCACUUCAUGCGCACCUAAAAGCUAGACUUGCAGCAGAUACCAACUCUUCCUCAACCUAUUCGAGUAGUUUCUGGGAGGAAGAUCGAAGUUGUGUGACAUGGCUCGAUUCGCAACCGUCCAAAUCUGUUAUCUACGUGAGCUUUGGAAGUCUCACUAUUGUGACAAAACACCAACUCAUGGAGUUUUGGUAUGGUCUGGUGAAUAGUGGGCAGCGGUUCUUGUGGGUCAUGCGGCCAGACUCCAUUGCCGAAAAAGAUGAGGGUCAGAUUCCGGUGGAGCUUGUGGAGGGCACGAGGGAGAGGGGGUACAUGGUGGAAUGGGCCCCACAAGAGGAGGUUCUGGCCCACGCAGCUGUUGGUGGGUUUUUGACCCACAGUGGGUGGAACUCCACUUCGGAGAGCAUAGUCUCGGGUGUGCCAAUGAUUUGUUGGCCUUACUUUGCAGACCAAACAAUCAAUAGUAGGUUUGUUGGUGAAGUUUGGAAACUUGGUUUGGACAUGAAAGAUACUUGUGAUCGAGUUGUAAUUGAGAAGAUGAUCAGAGAUUUGAUGGAUGUUAAAAAAGAUGAGUUUCAAGAACGAGCGAAUCAUAUGGCAAAGUUGGCGAAACAAGCUGUAAGUGAAAAUGGGUCGUCCUACUGUAAUUUGGAUAAUCUGAUUAAAUACAUAAAAUCAAUGAUUGAGUAAUAAAGUUGAAACAAAUUGUUUGGAGGAGUUUCUAACUCGGUGGUGGAGAAGUGAGAUGAUAAUGGUGGUGGUGGUUCUGAAAUUCCGGCAAAGAGUAGGAAAGGAGACAGACACGGGUUUAACCCGCAUAAAUGAACAUUACUCAUGUUUUUAUUAUUUUUAAUAUCGGACAAGUGUCAGGCCAGGUCAAUUGGGAGGAAGUAUUACUCAUUUUUAUAGAAAAUAAAGAAUAAUAGUUCAGUCAUGCCUAUUUUGCAUAUUAAUGUGUCUCAAUAAGAGGUUAAUAUUUUUUUUAAAUUUAAACACUAUAAAAUGAAUUAAAAGACGAGUAAAUUCAAUAAAGGUAGAGAAUCGAAAUCUAAGGUUCCAAAAUUCAACAAAUGCUCUAUCACCCUUUUAACUUUUGAGAAAUCUACAUUUAUUACAUCAUAAGCCAAACAUGGUGCAAGUAUAUUUGUCCUCUUCAUUUAAAAAAAAAAAAUUAUUUAGUGAAAGAACAAUCCAACUAAGCCGUCCAAGAUUGACACCUCAAGUGUCAGAUGAUACUACCAUAUCACUUUCCGUUCACACUCGCAAUCCAUUGCGUUUUCUCACAUAGCGCAUGCGUCACUGAUGAGAGUAUUCAGAAGUGGACCCCACUGUCCCAAUAAUAUCAAUGAUUCAAUAGAAGU